GGUGAAAAGUAAAUUUGUAUCUAUCUUUGGGUGAAAAUGAAAUGAUCUCCAAUUUCUCCAAUGGAAUUUUACACUGCGAGUGAACAGCAGGGUUUCACUAUUCAAACCGCAGCCAUGAAAGACAACAGCCAACUGCUAUGCGAGGCAUCAAAAAACGGUGACGUGAACGAAGCUAAAUCUCUUAUAAGCUCCGGAGCCGAUGUUUCCUUCUUCGAUACCGAUGGCUUCACUCCGCUGAUGCACGCCGCCAAGCACGGCCACACCGCCGUCGUCAAAGCGCUUCUCGAAGCCGGUGCUCCCUGGAACGCGUUAUCUCCUUGUAAUAUCUCCUCCGGAGAUUUAGCCAUGGAGGAAGGUCACCAAGAAGCCUUCGAAGUUCUACUUAAUGCUGGAGUUCAAUCUGAGUUAAUACUAGGAACAAUCGCGAGGAAAGGUGGUAAAAAAGAGGAGUCUGAUAUAGAUUAUCUAGAAGAUAGAGUUAGUUUCAGCGAGGAUAAGCUGAUGGAUGCUGAGAGCAAGGCGGUGAUGAUGGCUUGGGAGAAACCGUUAAUGGAGGCACAUGCUAAGGCUGUUUGCUCUGCAGGUGGUCAUGUGCUAAAUAUUGGAUUUGGAAUGGGGCUAGUUGAUUCUGCUAUUCAGCAGUAUAGUCCCGUUAACCAUACCAUUGUUGAGGCGCAUCCGGAGGUCUAUGAACGUAUGAUUCGCGAUGGUUGGGGUGACAAGGAUAAUGUUAACAUUGUGUUUGGUCGGUGGCAGGAUGUUCUUCCUCAACUUAGAACAUAUGAUGGUAUUUUCUUUGACACUUAUGGGGAGUAUUAUGAGGAUUUGAGAGAGUUCCACCAGCAUCUUCCUGUAUUAUUGAAGCCUGGAGGAAUUUACUCAUUCUUCAACGGACUUUGCGGAGGUAAUGCAUUUUUCCAUGUUGUUUACUGUAAUCUCGUUUCUCUAGAGCUGGAGAAUUUGGGCUACUCCACACAGUUAAUUCCUUUGCCUGUUAAGGAUUGUUUAGGGACAGAAGUUUGGGAAGGUGUAAAACACAAGUAUUGGCAGCUUGAUACAUAUUACCUUCCGGUCUGUCAGUCUAUUCAAGACUCUGAAUGAUAUUCUAAAUCUUGCCAUUAAUUUUCUCCUUUAUUCAACAUUAGUAAGGCUUUUGGCUAUAGUUGGUAGUUUAGUUAGUGAAACUUUUGUUAUAGACUGGCGUGCCAUGUAUGAGGAUCUUCCAAAUAAAUUGAGCUUGUAAUUGUUGUCUUUCUACUGCUA